AUGCUGCCCAUCGCCACGCCUGGCCAAGCGAUUCCUCAAGAGGCGUCCAGCAUCUCAGGACACCUUCGCUCAAGCGGAGCCAGUCCUGGUCGACUUGACGAUCCGAUCGGAACUGCCAUCCUCGGGGCGUGCCCCAGCAACCGGCCAGAUCAUUUUGCCAAUCCUCACAGCCACUUGGGCGUCGGAUGGGCCGGCGGUCUCAUUUGGCUCCGGGACAACCCUCGGCCGGUCUGGCCGCAAUCUGCCGCAUCAGCCCCGGCGACCGGCCAGCCUAUCUUCUGCCACCUGCACAAAGCGGUCCCUCUUUCCUCUGGCACCGGAUGCCAACCGUGCACGUUGGUCUCGUCUGCUGGGCCCUUUGUUGAGACUGUCGCCUCAUGUACAGCGUCGUCGGCCCUCGUCUCCCGGCCUGCUACAACAUCCGCCGUCUCCGGUACCGCUCCGUUGGCAGGACUGUCAACUCGACUCGCUGCCGUCUCCACCGACGCCAGCAGCGCAGACCCAGCUCCAGCUGCUUCUUCGGCUCUGUCCUCGGUUUCCGCUUUGAGCCUUGCCAUGGCUCCGCAUGCCCACAGCCUCAGAGCCAGACCCUCGAGGCCUGGCUCUUCGGGCCACAUGGCUCCAGGACAGUCGAGGCACACGGUCGCCGAGACGAGGCCAUUGUCGUUUGUCUACCUCUGCGAGUCAGACAAAAUGAGGCUGACCUCCUCUUCGUUGCAUGAAUCCAGCUCCUUUUGGGCCAAUUCCGAUGCCAUGCAGAGCAGAGAGGCCAUGGAUACACUCAAAAUGGACAAGCGACGUCAAGAGUGA